UAGCAAAUAAAGUGGGAGGGGGGGGAAGACUCUUCACUAGCACCAUUUAAUAUUUAUAAGAAAGCAAACAAUCAACACGUUAAUGGAAUAAUGGGUUAAUAAAACCUGUUGCCUGUAUUACAUAGCAAGCUCAUUUACUGAUCCACACUCUACACUACACAGUACCAAGCAUACAUUUUUAAAAACUAACUUGUACAUGCGUAACUUUCAUAUUUCUUUGUUAUUUCUUUUUAUAAUUUUAAACGCGAACGCGUAUGCAUCGAAGUGACAACUGCCACAUGAAAAUCGGCUACAACUUCUAACAUAGAAACCUCAGUUAAAAAAGGGAGUUUUAUUGGGAACCAGAAUCGAUUUUUUGAUAGAAAAGUGUGUAAAACUUGAUUCUACAUCAAAAUACAAUGAUUCUACAUAUAAAACUAUAUCAUGUUAAGAAAACAACAUUAUACGCAAACCAGAUUUUCACUUUGAAAUAAGUCGUUUUCACGUUGAUUCAUAUCACGUUGCAAGUAAAAUGGAAAAGGGGAUUUCAAACUAUCUACACCGCGGUAAAACGCCUUAACAAACGCGUGUUAUGAAUAAUGUUUUGAGCAGAAGCUUUUCUGAAUAUCGUAUUACUCCGCCCUGCAGCGCAAGCAAUAACGUGUAAAGAUACACUGCUGAAGUCUAUAUACUUCGCUCUGUUCGAAAAGCAAAGAUAUGCAGUGUAUAGAGAUGGAGCCAGUCUAUCAAAGACAAACCGAAGAUAACGGUUCAAGCAAAGAGCCAAAGAAACCGUUCUUCAAAAUCCUUUGCGUCAUCCUUGUUCUUUUAAUCUGCGGUAUCGCAAUUCUUCUUUCAAUAAUAGCUUUAAUAAAGGUAAGCGUGGUGAACAGCAUGGAUAGGAAAUAUUCAAUGGGCUUCAUAGGACAGGCACAAAAGACAGCCAGCAAUUACAGUUCACCAGACGAAACAACUAUGAGCGGAGGGGAAUCAGUUGAAAACAAAUUUCAAAAUAUAACCCUGCUGUUUAACAGUCAAACCAACGAACUAAACGCUUUCAAGCAAAACACGAGUUCGAUCUUUGUGGAUUUGUUCGCGAAAAUAACAAACCUAACCAAGGUGCUGGAUACGAGUAUUAACAACAUUCUACCCAAUGUGCAAACUAUGAAAGAAGAGCUGAGGAAUUUGUCAUCUCUUGCUCAAUACAAACGCAAGAGUAUUGAAGACGAUACAGCAAAGUUGAAAAAUAAAACUGAACUACUGGAAAGAGACGUAUCCUUCAUUGUAAACAGCAUUGGUUGGUACAGCAGUGCUAACGGUUAUAAAUACCACGUUAAAACUACCAAGUCAAACUGGGAUGACUCCAGACGUUACUGCAAGUCGUUAGGAGGCGACUUGAGUGCUGGAGGCAUGCGAAACGUAACUAGUCGAACAUUUAUCAUUCGUACUAUUCUUGUGCCUUUGGAUAUUCAGCAAAUAUGGAUUGGGUUAAACGAUAACGAUGCUGAUGGCGUAUGGAACUUUGUCGACGGUGUGGCAUCGAAUCAAAACAACACAGAUUAUGCUCCAAACGAACCGAGCGGUUGUUGCGGCACAAACGUGCAUUGUGCUAGUUUGUAUAAAAGCUUCAACUACAAAGUGGACGAUGCUGCUUGUGGGGCACAUUUUUCUGCUCUUUGCGAAAAACGAUGGCAAUAAAACCUUCAAAUCUUUUAAUAAUAGCGAGCAUGCGUAUGUAUAUCAAAGUCAUAAUGGUCCCUUUAAUGGCCGAAACAGUGUAUUGAGAAGGCCAUAAGGGACAUUACGGAAAACACUACUCAAAUAAAUUAAUCAGCUUUUACAAAAAAUAAAAAUGUCAUUUUAAAGAAGUAUUUUACCCGUGAGCAGGUGCAAACAUUUAAUCUUUCAAUACCUGUAAAACUACAAUGUGGGGUAAAGUGGGACACCACGUUGAAAUAUCGUGUAUAAUAGUAUUAUUCUGCAACUGUAUGUAAUCUAACAAAUAUAACUGACUGUGCUAGUUUCUUUACCACAUAAACUUUAUAUUCACAAAUUUAAAUCGGUAACAUUGUGCUUAUCGAAACCAUAAAUAAAGCCGAAUCGACCCUU